AUGAAAUCUUUUGAAAUCUCUCAGCAUGAGCAAGACAAGCCUGACAUCAAGCAAGACAAGAAUAUGGUUGUUGGAACCAUUCUUACAAUUAUUGCUCUCAUUGCAGGCUCAGCUAUAGUUCCAUUGGUUGAUGAGUAUAAGGGAGUACCAUUUAUUUUGAGAAGCAUCUGGAGAUGACAGCUGCUAGUGCUUUAUUGCCUCCCCCUCGGAGCUUACUUUUACUAUAUAAAUAGGAAAACUAUUGACUUAUCUAAGGUCUUCACAUGGGAGACGCUGAUUGAAUUUUUGUGUUCAGCAAUUUUUUGGACUACUGCGUCAAGCAUGCUUCUAUUCAGCUCAGAUUUUACUCUUGUGUCGCAUGCAACGAUCCUUGCAAACCUUGGAGGAAUAUUCAUCAUUAGUUUGCAUCUUGUUAGAGGAGCUCCUGUGCAUCAGUUCGAACUCAUCGGGGCAAUUAUUGCAAUAAUCUCAGUGAUUAUUUGUAUCAAUGACGGAAACUCGACGAAGACAAACGGUCAAACAAACAUUUUGUUAGGUGAUAUCAUGGGUUUGAUUUGCUCUCCUUUAUAUGGGUUGUACUAUGUUGUGAGUGCUAGAUUGUUAAAGAAGCUCCCCUCUAUAUGUAUUAUUGAGGUAAGUUUUACUAUCCAGUUCUUUAUCACUUCUGCUUUCUAUAUUUUAUUCUAUGAUAUUAAAGAUUUUUAUUCCUUUGAUAUUCAAUAUGGGAUUCUUGGAUGGGCAUCAAGUGAGUACUUGUUAUACUCCUUGACUGCUAUUGGUGUUAUUACAGGAGUGCUUGGAAUUGGAGGAUAUGUGUUCACAUUGAAUUAUUUCCCUCCACAUAUUGUUGGAACAAUUUAUCUUCUUGAACCUGUGGUCGGCCAAAUUCUUGGAAUAAUUCUUGGACAAGACAACAUGCCAGGUAUCUUUACAUAUGUUGGAACUUUCGGUAUAAUGGCUGGGCUCGUUCUCUCGAUCAAAGGUGAUCUCAUGAAAGCGCCUAAAGCCUCUAAACUGCAAGAUAAAGACUCAGAAAAGGGUUUAUCGAUGAUGCAUACUCCAUCCAAAGAAUCGAUUGGCUCAGAAAAUUCAUCACUAGAAAUGAUGCUGAAAUAAACCACUCGUUUCAAUCCUCAAUA